ACGGGGGGCACUUCAAACUACCCAAACAUCUCGACAGCUUCAGGGCAGGUGAAUGAAACGGGAUCACUAAUCAGAUUAAUGCACCGGAUCGAUCUGAUCUCGCAUUUGGACGAUCAUGUAUUAAACUCGCCGUGUGAGGAUUCGUGCGCGCGCUUCUGAAUCUGAGUGGUGGCCCACCAGCGUCCUGUGUCCCACUACAGCCAUUCGCGUCCAGCCUUGGAUGACGGACACUCCAGGGUCCCAGCCCAACUUGACAUGGGUGAUUGGUGGACACCAGCAAUGAUGACAGAUCAAAUUCUUGACACCAAAGAUCUUUCCAGUAUUUCUGGGAUCAGCCUUUCUCCCUCCAGGCAAAAUUCCCUCCCAUCGCUGCACUCCACCAUGACACUGCCCAAAACCUCGUACAGCGUGUUAAGUGCUUUCUGCACUGAAGAUAACGUGUCACAGUGUGUUACAUACAUUAAUCAGGAGGUAUGUUCGUUGGGCCUGUCUGGUGUCAGUGUGGAGUGCAAUUCAGACGGUCUGAAUGCCGUGCCGGUUCUGAACCUGCUGUAUGAACUUGUGCAGCUGCACAGGAAAGCUCAGCGUACCCUACAGGAGCUCGAGAGCCAGCAGCUGAAGAACGAAAGUGACGUCAACCAUCUGCAGCACAACAACUCCAGACUUAAAGAUCAGCUGGAGCACGCCAGGAGAGAAAACUCAGGUCUUCAUGAGGGAGAGAGACAACUGCAGCUGAAGAUCAAGACCUUACAAAACUGCCUGAAGUCUGAGAAAGAGGAGGUACAGAAACUGCAGAGCAUCAUCGCCAGCCGUGCUACACAGUACAACCACGACACCAAGAGAAAAGAGAGAGAGUGCACCAAACUGAAGGAACGUCUUAACCAGCUGCUCAUGGACAAGCGGGACAAGAAACUGGCCAUCGAAGUGUCAAACUAUGUGGGGAGGUCAGAUGGAAAGAGAGGCCUUUGGAAGACGGGCAAGAUGGAGGCCCGACACGAGGGAGAGAUGUACAAAGCUCUCUUGAGCGAUUACGAGAGCCGUCAAAGAUCUCUGAUGUUGGAGAACUCUGAGCUGAAGAAGGUGCUGCAGAACAUGAAGAAGGACAUGAUCUCAAUUCUGAGUCCAAAGAAACCCUGUGUCAAAACCGAGCCGGCAGAGGACAGCCUCGAACAGUGUCAGGUUGCUUCUGAGGGUGAAGAAGAGACCACUGACUCCAGCAGAGAGACCCUAGAGCAGUCCUGUGAACAGGCGCGUGAACAGCUCACCAACAGCAUCCGUCUGCAGUGGAGAAAACUCAAGAGCCACAUGGAGAGACUUGACAGCCAAGCCUCUCUUGUAGCGUGUCAGGAGCGUGAAAGUGAAGAUCUGAUCUCCAGAAGAGAGCAUGAGGACGAGAUGCAGAGGAUGAGACUGGAGGUGCAGCAGUGUAAAGACUUCAUUCACAUGCAACAGCAGCUCCUGCAGCAGGACAUGAGCUCGCCGUGUGAUGAUGAGACGGCUGCUUUACUGAAUGACUGCUACACACUGGAGGAGAAAGAGCGACUGAAAGAGGAAUGGAGACUUUUUAAUAAGCAAAAGAAAAACUUUGAGCGGGAGAGGAGGAACUUUACUGAAGCUGCUAUUCGCCUGGGCCAUGAGAGGAAAGCUUUUGAGGAUGACCGAGCUGCGUGGCUUAAGACCCAGUUUUUAAACAUGACACCAUUUGUAGACCGUAAGAGACCAGCAUUGCCUGAAACUCAAAGUGCCUUAUCAGUCAGUACAGAACCCGAGGCCAAAAUCCAAUCCACUCCACCCCUGCUGACAAAGUCUCAAUCGUACACGGCAUUCUCCACUCCUAAAGCUGCCCUGCCGGUGAAGAUGCCCUCCACUGCUGACCUCUACCGCUCACUACGUCUCAUCCCAGACAGCAGGAGCCACGGUAGACGUCAGAGCAGCGAGACCGUAGACAAAUCACGGCUGCGGCACGGCUCCACUGACUGCAGCGUCUUCUCAUUGGUCAGAGAUGAGAAUAGCCCCAUCUGAAGGUACUUCAAUGUUACAGUCUCUAAACGUACACGCGUCCACUCCAUGCUUUUAAUGCGAGUGACACAUUAGGCUUUACUGGAGUCUUCCUGCCAUCCCCAUCACAGGACGACCAGCUGCUCCGUUACCUCCUGAUCUGAUUUGCUGUGGAAGGUUUAUUAUAAAAACUGAAUCGAGUUAAACAGAUGGUGUGAUUAUUAGAUGAAUAAAAUUAUUUUCAGAGACAAUCCGUUGCAUUUACCUCUUAUGAUCUCUGCUAAAGAUGUAGUGAAGUUGCCAUUAUGUAUUGUAUAAGAAUAAUAAUACGAAUGUGUGUGUGUGUGUACAGUGCAUAGAGGCAUCACACAAUCUGAUUAAGCACUUUUAAAAGGAGGAACGCUAACAAUGUAGUUUUCAAACACUAAUAUAAUUUAAUAUGUUGCUACUAUUGCCAUUUAUUGAUGCAGAUUCAUAAUCUUGGGGUGCGUUUAGAUGUAGAUAAGAGAUUUAGGCUGAAAGUUUUGUACUUUUAUUAUUAAUUGUGAAUGUAGGAACGAUGUGUUGAUUGUCGCAUUGUUUUGUGGUGUACUCACAACUGUCGUGAGGUUCAUUUCGUGUUUGUUGAAUGUUAAAUAUUUGUAUGCACAAAUCAUGAAUGUCUUCGAUAGAACUUCAAAAUAUUUUUUGAAGCCACAGUUUACAGACACAUUUCUCCAAAUCAUUGCAAUAAAGUAAAGAUUUAAAAAUAAUAA